GCUCUUGCGCUUUAGCUUCAUUUUUCUUGAUUGAUGUUUACUUAUUUUAAUGUUAGGAAUAUAACAAAUAUUUUUUUGAGAAAAUAUAAAAUUCAUACUAUUUUUUAUUGAAAGUGAUAUUUCUGACAAGCGUUGUAAGUCAAUACACAAAUGUAACCUAAAUAUGUUGUCAGACUACAAUUUUAUAUUGUUUUGAUAUCAAGAAACUGGAAUAUUCCCCAUUGUACAAAAAUGACUCUUUAUAAAGCCAAGGUGGCAGACGUCUUGCGGCUAUCGCAAAGAGAUGAACUUUUUGUAAGGGAUUUGGAAGAGCAAAUGCAUUCAUUUUUCAAACUAAUGGGUUCAAGAAGUUACCAUCAUCUGAAUAAGUCUGUACCAUUACUAGCAAAUUUAUGGUAUUAUUUCAUGACAACUUUAGGAAAUUUGCAAACCCUGGGAGAAGAAUAUACUGGUACUAUACGAGUCGGUAAUAUGGGCAAAAUACCUUCGAAGACUGCACAAACUCUUUGGUUAAUAUUGUAUGUAGGAGGGGAACCAUUAUUAGAAAGAUUAUUGAACUAUUCCAGAAAUAAAAUAAAUAAUUCCGUUAGCAUGACAGAUAAAGCUAAAUCAGUAUUCCUGAGCUGUAUUGAUAUAUUCAAAGAAGAGAAGUCUACUAUCAAGAGAAUACAUACUUCACUGUUCUACAUGGAUGGAAAAUACUAUAACAUAUCAAACAGGCUUACAGGAAUACAUUAUGUCUUACUCAGAGACUGGCUCCAAAAGGACUCAUUCACUGGAGCUUUCUAUUUUUUAGGGAACGUGUCUCUAUUUUAUAUUCUCUUCAGUUUGAUAAGUAAACUCUUCCUUUUCAAAAACAAAGGAGAUUACUCAAAGAAUGUAGUUCAUACAAGUGUUUCAAUAAAGUCGUGUGUACUUUGUGCAGAGAAUCUCCAGUCACCAUGUUCUACUCCUUGUGGCCACAUAUUUUGUUGGAACUGCAUUUAUGACAGUUUGAGUUAUCAAAAAAAUUGUCCCAUUUGUAGAGAAACUGUAAAUCCCAGCAGAAUCAUAUUUUUGCAGAAUUUUGUUUAAUUAUUUAGUAGGGGGAAGUUGUUGAAUUUUUAUUAAAGAUUUUAUUUGUUUUA